UUGGCACUGCGAGUCCUGGCCAGAUUGUCGCGGCGUUCUAGCUAGUUCGCGGACAGGAUGUCGGCGCUGGAGGUGCAGAGCGUGCUGCAGAAGAUGGCGGCGAUGCGGGACGGCGGCGGGGGUUGGCCGCCUGGCGUCCAGGUGGAGUUCCAGGAGCUGUACGCCGUCCUCGACAAGGUCCAGCGCAAGGUCACGCACGCCGAGCCGCUGGUCGACAGCCGCAGCUCCGCCGCCUACUCCCUCUUCCUCGCCGACCUCCGCCGCGUCGCGCUCACCGUCGACGACGCCCUCGACGGCUACUCCGCCAGCGCCCGCCGCUCACCGUACCGCCACAAGCUCCGCGGCCUGCUCUCCGUGGCCGCCUCCAGCGUCAGCACGCCCUUGGCUGUCCCCACGCCCUUGUUGGCAGGCCAGCUAGCCCGGAAGCUGUCGCGUCGUCCGUCCGCUGGCCACGCGGAGCAGCCUCUGCCGCCGGCGCUGCGCCCGAAGAUUGCCAGGCAGUUUGAGGAGGCCGGCAAGGACCUUCGGAUGCUGCUGCGCCUCUUCACCACUUACGUCGCCGAUCUUCUGCCUCCGCCGGAGCAUCCCCAUCGGGAUGCACCCGGACUCGGUGCUGCCCCCAAGACCAAGAAAGCCGCGUCGUCCCUGUCUCAAGAACAUGGCCUCAUAGGGAGAAGCCAGGAUCAGGCGAACGUGUCAAGGCUCCUGCAAGACGGCGGAGCGGGGGUCGUCGCCAUCGUCGGCAUGGCCGGCGUCGGCAAGACGGCGCUCGCGCGGGCCGUGUACAUGGCUGCCAAAGACGACGGCUUCGACUUCACUCUGUGGGUGGAUGUGUCCCAAGAUUUCAACCCGGAAGGUAUCUUCAGGCUGGUGAUGUCCGAGCUUAGAAAGCAGCUGAGACCCAGGGAGGAUCCGGAGAGCUUCUGGUGGUCUCUCAACGAGGGCAUGAUCAACAAGAGAUACCUGCUUGUCCUGGACGACGUCUGGAACGAAGACCAGGGCAAGUGGAAUCAGCUGAUGCAUCUCCUCUACGGCAACGUCGUCAUGAACAAUAGUGGAAAGAUCAUUGUUACUACCAGGAUCCCUGCCGCGGCAAUGGCGAUACGCUCUGCAGAAACCUACCACGUGCGGCCAUUGACAGUGGAAGACACCUUGAAACUACUCAAGAAGAGUAACAAGAAGCAGCUAAAGCUGCUCCUGAAGAAAAACAGUAAGUUGCGCAGAGGCCACAGGAACGCCGCCAUGUCCGCCGCCGCGGCUGAAAGAUCAAAUGAGAGGCAGGUCUCCGAAAGAUGCAGCGGCUUGCCCGGCAUCAUAGACCUGAUGAGCUCCAAACUUGAAGCUCUCUGUGACAAGAAAGUUGCCGAUCCACUGGGUCAGUUCAAUAUGAUCUGUGCAGGCAACGAGGAGCUCCUGCGCGUCGGCGAGGCCAGCUACAACCACCUCCCGGCACAUCUGCAACGGUGCUUCCUCUACUGCUCGCUGUUCCCACACGACCACAUCUUUGACGCGGAGGAGAUGACCGGCCUGCUGGUCGCUGAAGGCUUGACGCAGAUUUCAAGCAGAGAGGUCGCACAAGGAGGCGGUGAUUUCACCAGGCUGCUGAAUGAAUGCUUCGACGCCGUCCAGAAACCCGGGUCCAAAGGCGAGGUGGGAUACAAGAUGCAUCGGGUACUGCACAUUCUUGCACGGCGCAAAGGAAAAGAGUUGUACAAAGCUAUUACGGGUGAUCAUUCUGCUGGUUUGACAGAGCACUCCAAUAUCAGAUACAUGUCUCUCAUGGUUGAUGGCAGGGCUAAAGAACUCCCGAAGCUGCUGAAUGAACAGAAAGAUUUGAGGACACUAAUCCUGCUCAGGGAGCAACAGAUGGUUUUAUCUUGCCGUAAAUCUGAGAUCAGAGAGAUUCCUUCUGACUACUGCCAUUAUCUCACGGCGUUGCGCGUCUUGGAUCUGCAGGCGACAAGGAUCGACAAGUUGCCUGAACCAUUCCGAAUGCUGUCAAACAUGAGGUAUCUCAACCUUGCUCAAACUGACAUCGCCGAACUGCCCGAAUCACUUGGCAGGCUUGAGUACUUGAUAUACCUCAACAUUUCUCAGACAAGUAUCGCGGCAGUUCCUGAAUCUAUCGGCAGGAUUCACUCUUUGAGGUACCUGAAUCUUUCACGAACUGUUGUCGGUAAAUUGCCCGACUCAGUCGGCACGCUCCGGUUGUUGCAGACUUUGCAGCUCUCACAUUGUGAAAGGCUUUUGAAACUACCACACACUAUAUCCUCCCUCACAAGCUUGCAAAAGUUAGACCUGCAAGGCUGCCAGUAUCUGUCCGAGAUGCCUCAAGAUAUCAGCAGCAUGAAAAAUCUGAAGGAGCUGAAUGUACUAGAUUGCGCAUCACUGGAUAAAAUGCCUUGUGGCCUCAGUGCACUGACCAAGAUCGAAGCAUUGCCAAGGUACAUCGCGAACAGUGGCGAUAACAACCCCAUCUUGGAGCUGCAGGGUUUAGCAAAUCUGAAAAGACUAGGCUUGGAAAACAUCGAGAAAAUCUCGGUCGAGGACGCAGCAAAUAUACAACUGCAAGAGAAGCACAAGCUGGAGCAUUUGACACUGCAUUGCAACAUGGAUGCAGAAAGUGGCAAUCCAAGAGUGGUGGAAGAGCUACUCGACCGUCUGGAGCCCAACCGUGGGUUGAAGACAUUGGAGAUCAUCUCUUAUGCAGGGGAACGGUUCCCGCGCUGGAUGGCCAACAGAGACCCACAGCUUAAGAAGCUGACUCACAUCAGGUUGAUCAACCUGAAGUGUACGAGCCUCCCAGCGCUUGGACACCUACCUCGCCUCACGACACUGGAGAUCAAUGGGAUGAAUGCUAUAGAGCAAGUCAGUAAGGAACUAAACGGUGAACCAAACGGCGAGAGCGCGACAUUCCGCUCGCUGAAGAGCAUCACCUUCUGUCAGAUGGUUGGCCUAGAAAGCUGGCCAAAGGAUAAUGGGGCUACAUGCCCUCACCUUGAGGAGUUGUCAUUCAUCCAGUGCCCCAAAUUUCAAGAGCUUUCCAUGAAGCUCCCCAUCAAGAAGCUGACUAUCUGUAUGAGCCCGCAUGAACUGCUUGGAAAAGAGGGACUGGCAGGUGUUGCUAGCAGCCUGAAAAGCUUAUCGAUUUCGCUGUGCGAAGAACUAUCGUCGUCGUCGAACAGUGAGGGCCUGAUGGCGCUUUCUAGCCUUGAGGAGCUAGAGAUUUCCGGGUGUGACGAACUGGACAGCUUGCCUCCGUGUGUGGAGAACCUUGCUUCACUUAAGAGCUUAUCGAUUAUUGGGUGCAGCAAGUUGCAUGAUUUAACAGAUUUACUAGAAUGCACUAGACGGGGACGCCUGAGGUCCUUGCACAUAUCUGGAUGCCCAAGGGUGCCACCCGUCCCGGAGGGUUUGAGAGGGAUCACAACCUGCGAGUGAAAUUAAUAUUUGUGGGAUGGUGCAUUGAUGAGUUUGUGUUCCGUGUUUUCUGUAUCUGAAUUUGCUCAGGUUCAUAAGUUCUUCAUUCGCUGUUCUACAAAUGAUUACGGAGUGGUGUUUUUAUUUGUUACUAUUGAAAGAAAAGUGGUGUUUAAUCAUUCGAUCG